CAGUCUCUACUCAGAGAGAAAACUUUUGACAUUUUCAGAGUUAUGAGGAAGAUUUCUUGAACUAAAAGGGAUUAUUAGCCCACCGUCAAAAGACGAAGAACUCGCCACAGCAUAAUUUCAGCGUUACUCAUAGCUCUAAAAAGUUUACCGGGUGGGAAGUCAACCGCUGUUUUUGUACCCUACUUACCGUAACUGUUUCGAAGAUGACGUUUUGUCCAGAAGUUUGAUAUGUAUCGAGGAGUUUCAACUCUCGAAACCAAGUUGGUGUGUGGGUGAACGAGAUGGUGCGGUCUGGAGCUGAUAGCUGACGGAUCUGAUAGCUGACGGAGCUGAUAGCUGACGGAGCUGAUAGCUGACUUAGCAGUAGUAGGAUGAGAUGAGAGAGGAUGGAACACACGGACAGCCCCACCUCCCACAGCAGCGACCCCAACGGGUUCGUCAAUAAAGUCUUCAACGUGUCUCUGGAUGUGCAGAAUGAGACCGGCACUGUAUCUAUCCAGGAGACUGGGAAGGGAGAGGGACAGGGAGAGGGUCAAGAAGAGGGUCAGGGUCCAGGCCAUGCCCAGGGACAGUGGCAGGGGGCUGGGGAUAGACAGGCAGAGACCCAGGAACCUCCUCAGACCCCUGGGAUGGAGCACCCGGAUGUCAACCGUAGACCAAGAGCUACAGGAGGUAUCUGGAAGAUCUUGACCCGGCGUAAAGCGGCUUCAGAACUGGAUAACAGAAGACCUCACUCCAUGAUCCUCCCUGGAGAGGAGGCCUCCAUCCCUAAACUGUCCUUCGCUGACAAGGUCCGCUCCAUCAAGAAGCUCCGCUCUCCGGGUGUCUUCAAGGGGAGGGUGGGGAAGAUGUCUGGGUCCAACACUAAGUUCAGAGACGGAGAGAUGGAGGACGACUCGUUUUGCCGGGACUUCCUCCCCUCGCCCGCCCUGCAUCCCGGUAGGAGCACACUCCGCCACUACGCCAAGAGGCACUCGUAUGCCGGACACACCUCCGAGUUCGACUGCUCAUUUGAGGACAUGGAUCUGACAGCUACCCUGGACAGACACCAUCUUCCCUCGCUAUUGGAGCCUGUUACCCAGAACGGCUCUAAGCCCACAGAGAGAGUCUCCUACACCAAGAGACCUCAGGUCCAGGCUCAGGCGCAGGCCAACCACUCCUCUAACUGUAACACUACCUCAGCAGGAGUGUGUGAGGAGCAGAGUGUGAGGGGCGGCCCCAAGGCCCCGCUGGGUGGGAGGAGGUCUAAGAGAGCUGACGUGUGGAGUUACCUGAGGAAGAUCUCUGUCCUGGGGAAGGGGAACCCGGCUUACUCAGAGAGGAGUUUUGACUCAGAGCUACACACACUGGACAAGACCAUGGACUCUGACUACGGCUCGGUGGACUUCGAGAGCAUCAGGGACUUUCAACCAGCGGCUCCAAAGCACUCUGACAGCAAAGGCGGACAUUUUGGGGGUCUGAUUAAGUUCUUCAGCAACGUUGCGGAGACGGCUAGAAAAUGGAGGAUGUCUUCUCACUCCUUCUCUCCUCCAGAGGGGGGAGCGGAGCGGACGCCACUGGACUCCCCCAGAGCAGGGCAGCGUCUGGGGGACUAUGUCCACAGUGUGUCCCUGACCCUCCGCAGUGAGGACCAUCCAGAGUGUCCCCCGACACCUGGCUCACCCCUGACCCCUCACCCCCCUCGCUCCCCUGCCUGUGACCCUGCCUCACCCACUCCUCUGAUAGGCAGACGGUCUCCUCAGGUGGUGCUGAAGGCCUGGAGGGUAUGUCCGGACUCACCAAGCGUUAACGGCCUGGUGUGUGUGAGCUCAUUGGAAACGGCCAGACAGACAGACAAACAGACAGAGAGCCAGACAGUCAGACAGACAGAGAGACAGACACGGCACACCUCUGUAGCCACAGUAGAGAAUCACGUGCCACACUCAAGGCUGGAGAGAGAGACUCAGAAAGAGACAGUGGGAGACAGAGGCCACUUAGAAUGUCUGUCUACAGUAGAAGAGAGAGAAAGAGAGGAAAGAGAGGGACACUCAGGAAAUUAUCUGGAUUCCGAGGAUGCUCUACCUGUCUCGGAUCAGACACACCUUCCAAACGGCCAAUCAAAGUUACGGGAAAGAGAGACCGUAGCCACUAGGGAGCCAGCAGGAAACUGCCACCAGGAAGUAUUUAAGGGGGCUCUAUCAGGCAGUGUUUUGAGGAGACCCAGGUCAGUCCAGUCCUGUUCUAGUCCAGUGAAGACCCCUGCCCCUCCCAAGCCCCCCUGCCUUCGCCCCCGUCCCGCCUCAGCACUGGUCGACCUCCGAGUCUGCAGUCCCUUCCCAGAGGGCUGUGCGUUUGCCGUUGCUCAGCAGGCCACAGGGGGCUCUCUGUGCCGGCACAGACGCAGGCCCGGUCCCGUGAUGCACCUCUUGCCGGGUCGGAGACAGGCGGGCGGUCUGGCCAGGCCAUGCUCUGUCAUAGAGCCCUCCGUUACCGUGGAGACAGACCCCGCGCAGAGUCACAGAGCCAUGUCUCGUCCCCCGGGGGCAUCACCUUUAGAGCCCCCCCUCAGAGUGUCUCUUCAGAGGUGUCACUCCCUCCCUCUCCCCCCCAGCAGCCUCACCACUCUGGCCCUGUUACCGGGACACACAGCAGACUCCCAGUCAUCCUCAAUGUGUCCUGAUGAUGGAGAGACUGGCAGCUGCAGGAGGAGACUGCUCAGAACAGGCUCUGGUCCACUACAAGUCAACAUCUUGAUAAGUGGAGGAUCUAUUGUCAGCGCUGAGGCAGUAUGGGACCAUGUGACCAUGGCCGACCGAGAGUUGGCGUUUAAGGCCGGUGAUGUCAUCAAGGUGCUGGACGCGUCCAAUAAGGACUGGUGGUGGGGUCAGAUUGACGAGGAGGAGGGGUGGUUCCCCGCCAGCUUCGUACGGGUCGAACCCCACCCUCCUCAACCCCAAACAAAACAGGUUUUCUAUAUCAACCCCAUAGCAACUGCUCGGUUCCAAAACACUACGUCUAAGCUGUGGGUGAACCAGGAGGAUGGGGGGGUGGAGCCUGCGGAGGGGACCAGUGAAGUGGCUAACGGUCACCUGGAUCCGACCAAUGACUGCUUGUGCCUGGGCUCGCCACUUCAGAACCGUGACCAGAUGAGAGCCAACGUCAUUAAUGAGAUCAUGAGCACAGAGAGACACUACAUCAAACACCUCAAGGACAUCUGUGAGGGCUACCUGCGUCAGUGUAGGAAGAGGGUAGACAUGUUUAACGAUGACCAGCUGAGGGUGAUCUUUGGGAACAUCGAAGACAUCUACCGUUUCCAGAUGGGCUUCGUUAGAGACCUGGAGAAACAAUACAACAACGAGGAACCACACCUGUCUGAGAUAGGACCCUGCUUUCUAGAACAUCAAGACGGCUUCUGGAUCUACUCUGAGUACUGUAACAACCACCUGGAUGCGUGUAUGGAGCUGUCCAAGCUGAUGAGAGACGGGAGGUACCAGCACUUCUUCGAGGCCUGUCGUCUGCUUCAGCAGAUGAUCGACAUCGCUAUCGACGGCUUCCUCCUCACACCCGUACAGAAGAUCUGCAAAUACCCCCUGCAGCUGGCCGAGCUGCUCAAAUACACCCCACAGGAACACAGUGACUAUCGUUAUGUGGCGGCGGCGCUGGCGGUGAUGCGUAACGUCACUCAGCAGAUCAACGAGAGGAAGAGGAGGCUGGAGAACAUUGACAAGAUUGCCCAAUGGCAGGCCUCAGUCCUGGACUGGGAGGGUGAUGACAUCCUGGACCGGAGCUCAGAGUUGAUCUAUACAGGAGAAAUGUCUUGGAUCUACCAGCCCUAUGGACGCAGUCAGCAACGGGUCUUCUUCCUCUUUGAUCACCAGCUGGUCCUCUGUAAGAAGGAUCUGAUUCGUAGGGACAUCCUGUACUAUAAGGGUCGUAUCGACAUGGACCGCUAUGACGUGCGGGACGCUAUCGACGGUCGUGACGAAGACUUCAACGUGAGCGUGAAGAACGCAUUCAAAUUGCACAACAAAGACAGCGAGGAGCUCCACGUCUUCCUGUCCAAGAAACUGGAGGAGAAGAUACGAUGGCUCCGGGCUUUCCACGAGGAGAGGAAGAUGGUGCAGGAGGAUGAGAAAAUCGGGUUUGAGAUCUCAGAGUAUCAGAAGCGUCAGGCAGCCCUGACUGUGAGGAAGGUAUCUAAACAGAAAGGUGUGAACAGGUGCGUGCCCCCCUCCUACCCCCCUCCCCAGGACCCCCUACCCCUGGGACAGUAUGACCUAGCAAAGGACUUGGCACAUGCAGAGGUUUUUGAAUUCAGUCAAUCCAAACGAGGCCAGGCUCCUUUCUGGCACAACAAUUUUACUAGAUUAACACCUUUUAAGAAAUAGAGAAAGAGACUCUUUCCAAGGACCAUCUAUUUUUUUGUGAGAAACACUCAAACUAAAAUGUUUGGAAGAUUAAAUUGUUGUCCUGCGAAAAAGAAUUGAAGACAAAAGAAAGAACUACUGGAAGAAGAACCAAUGAUGUUUAUUUGUGAGUUUCGUUGUGGAGACUGAGUUUGUGAGUUGUCACCCAGGAGACUGGAGAACUAUGGAUUCUAACUUCUUCGCUUCAUUCUAACUGUUCUUGGUUCUAAGUUCCAAUGCUUCUCUCCUCCAAUAGACACCACUGUUCCCUACUGAACUGUACUGUACAGGAAUCCACUACCACAACCCUCAACCCCACCAUCGCCAUCUGAAUGUCCUGGAUACAUGGAGAUAGCUUUUAUUUUGUUCUUUUCAGGCUCCGCCUUUUUUCCAUAUUUGAAGUAAGCAUAUUUAAUGUUCCUUUACCAGAACUAGUGAGUCCACCUACCUGCAGUACAGUAUGAUUGUGUAGAUGACAGGCGUUGUGUUGAUGUGUGUGUCUGUGAGGAUGAUGUUGUUGUGAGUGUGCACUGUAACGAUGAGGCUGAAAUGGCAUCCUAUUCCCUAUAUAGUGGGGUAGGUAGGGUACCACUUUGACUGACAGGAGAGCUGUUGGCCGGUUCUAAUGUUUCUCAUAAGUUCUGUCGUCAGCAUCACUGACGACUGUCCCAUUAAAAACUGGUCAGGCCAUAUCUCAAUAUCUCUCUCUCUCUCAUUCUCUCUCUGUCUCUCUCUCUCUUCUCUCUCUUUCUUUACCCUCUGUCUCUCUCUCUCUUCUCUCUCUCUCUUCUCUCUUGCUUUACCCUCUGUUUCUCUCUCUCUUCUCUCUCUCUCUUUCUUUACCCUCUGUCUCUCUCUCUUCUCUCUCUUUCUUUGCCCUCUGUCUCUAUCUCUUCUCUUUAUUUACCCUCUGUCUCUCUCUCUCUCUCUUCUAUUUGCCCUCUGUCUCUAUCUCUUCUCUUUAUUUACCCUCUGUCUCUCUCUCUCUCUCUUCUAUUUACCCUCUGUCUCUCUCUCUCCUCUCUCUCUCUUCUAUUUACCCUCUGUCUCUCUCUCUUCUCUCUCUCUCUUCUCUUUACCCUCUGUCUCUCUCUCUUCUCUCUCUCUCUUCUCUUUACCCUCUGUCUCUCUCUGUCUCUCUCUCUCUCUUCUAUUUACCCUCUGUCUCUCUCUCUCUCUCUCUCUCUCUUCUAUUUACCCUCUGUCUCUCUCUCUUCUCUCUCUCUCUUCUCUUUACCCUCUGUCUCUCUCUCUUCUCUCUCUCUCUUUAUUUACCCUCUGUCUCUGUCUCUUCUCUCUCUCUCUCUUCUCUCUCUCUCUUCUCUUUACCCCCUGUCUCUGUCUCUUCUCUCUCUCUCUUCUCUCUAUCUCUUCUCUCUCUCUCUUCUCUUUACCCCUGUCUCUGUCUCUUCUCUCUCUCUCCUCUCUUUACCCUCUGUCUCUCUCUCUUCUCUCUCUCUCUUUAUUUACCCUCUGUCUCUGUCUCUUCUCUCUCUCUCCUCUAUUUACCCUCUGUCUCUCUCUCUUCUCUCUCUCUCUUUAUUUACCCUCUGUCUCUUCUCUCUCUCUCUCUCUCUCUUCUAUUUACCCUCUGUAUCUGUCUCUUCUCUCUCUCUCUUCUAUUUACCCUCUGUCUCUCUCUCUUCUCUCUCUCUCUUCUCUUUACCCUCUGUCUCUCUCUCUUCUCUCUCUCUCUCUUCUAUUUACCCUCUGUCUCUCUCUCUUCUCUCUCUCUCUUCUAUUUACCCUCUGUCUCUCUCUCUUCUCUCUCUCUCUCACUCUGUCUAUUUCUCUCUCUGUGCUUUCUGUCUUUCUCUAUUCCCUCUCUUUCUCUCUCUGUACCAUCUGUCUCCUCUCUAUCCUCUUCUCUCUCUCCCCCCCCUCUCUCUCUCCAUCCCCCCCUCCCUCUCUCUGUCUCUCUUUUCCCUCUAUCUCAGUUGUCUCCCUCUUUCUGUUCCCUCCCUUCUAUCUGACUAUGUUUUUGUUUAAUGAGGUUGGACAUCUAGUUGGAUGUCUGCCAUUAUCCAUGAUAUUACGGCAGGUCAGGGAAGUAAUCAAUAGCCGUAACAUCAAUACAACAUUUACAUUAUCUACUACGCACCAAACACUGUUGACAGGGUAUAAUCAUUGCGUCCAUCCACAGAGGCUGGCUGUUGGGUCACAAAGGGUUUCAUGCUCCUGUCUGUCUGAGUACUAAGCUGUAGACCAGUAGAAUGUCUGUCUGUCUCACCUGUCUGCCUGAGUACUGAGCUGUAGACAGGUAGAAUGUCUGUCUGUCUGAGUAGUGUGCUGUAGACAGGUAGAAUGUUUGUCUGCCUGAGUACUGAGCUGUAGACAGGUAGAAUGUCUGUCUGUCUGAGUACUGAGCUGUAGAUAGGUAGAAUGUCUGUCUGCCUGAGUAUUGAGCUGUAGACAGGUAAAAUAUCUGAGUACUGAGCUGUAGACAGGUAGAAUGUCUGUCUGUCUGAGUAGUGUGCUGUAGACAGGUAGAAUGUAUGUCUGCCUGAGUACUGAGCUGUAGACAGGUAGAAUGUCUGUGUCUGAGUAGUGUGCUGUAGACAGGUAGAAUGUCUGUCUGUCUGAGUACUGAGCUGUGGACAGGUAGAAUGUCUGUCUGCCUGAGUACUGAGCUGUAGACAGGUAAAAUAUCUGAGUACUAAGCUGUAGACAGGUAGAAUGUCUGUCUGUCUGUGUACUGAGCUGUAGACAGGUAGAAUGUCUGUGUCUGAGUAGUGUGCUGUAGACAGGUAGAAUGUCUGUCUGUCUGAGUACUGAGCUGUGGACAGGUAGAAUGUCUGUCUGCCUGAGUACUGAGCUGUAGACAGGUAAAAUAUCUGAGUACUGAGCUGUAGACAGGUAGAAUGCCUGUCUGUCUCACCUGUCUGUCUGAUCGGACUAACACAUGUCAUCUAAUUCCUUGACAGAAAUUAUGACAGAUGAUUUUUAUUUUUUUCAUUUUGUUCAGCUGCCGAAUAAUUAACAUUCACAAUGAAGCAAAUAGGUUUUUUUCUAGCUUUGUUUAAUCUCCAUAUGUUGAGGAAAGCAGAGCCAACCAUACAGUUUUGUGUGUUCCCUUGUUUUAGACAUAAGUAAGAAAUCUACACUAUCGUAGAUGGUGUCAACCAGGGGAGGCUGCUGAGGGGAGGACGGCUCAUAAUAAUGUCUGGAACGGAGUCAAUGGAGUGGUAUCAAACACAUCACAGGCGUGGUUUCCAUGGUUUCCAUGUGGUUGAUACCACUCCAUUGACUCCAUUCCAGCCAUUAUUAUGAGCCGUCCUCCCCUCAGCAGCCUCCACUGAUAUCAACUGCUGUCGGGUUUCAUUUCAAGUUCUGAGGUGGCUCAGUUGGUAGAGCAUGGGGCAUGUAAUGCCAGGGUUGUGGGUUCAAUUCCCUCGGGGCACCAGUAUGAAAAUGUAUCCACUCACGACUGUAAGUCCCUCUGUAUGAGAGCAUCUGCUAAAAGGACAAUGUUUUUGAAGGGUGAGAAUGUUGUAAAGUACAGAGAAAUAACCACUGGAUGUCUCUGUUUAUAGGUCUUAGUUUUCCUGUUUCAAAGUGUGAAUUUAAGUUCAUCAAAUCGGUAAUAUUAAUGAUCAAAUCUUCAAUAUUAGUUAUAAAAUCUGUCAUAUUAAUGAUCAAAUCUGUCAUAUUAAUUAUAAAAUCUGUCAUAUUAAUGGAAGCGAUGUUCAUACUUAGACACAAAUAUAGAAACAGAUUUUUUAUCAGAUGAUACCAGUUGAUGGAAAUCAAAUACAGUAUGCCAACUUGUGCAAUGUGAUAUAUCAUUGUAUCUACAAUACUCACGACAAUGUGAUAUAUCAUUGUAUCUACAAUACUCACGACAAUGUGAUAUAAAGCAAUUAUUAUAUAGUUUUAUGUCAUUUGUUUCCCUUCUCAUAGGCCCUAUAUAAAUGAAUUAUUGAAGAAGAAGUCAUUUAGAUUUUAUUUGUAUGGUGUGUAAUUUAUCUUUUUUUAUUUCAGUAAAACAAAAGUGGAUAAAAGGAUGAUUUGAUUCCUGGUAUCUCUAGAAAGUGUUCCUAGAAUGAUUGCUUUAGAUCAGGGGUGGCCAACCCUCCUCCUGGAGAGAUACCUUCCACCUGGAGAGAUUCCCUCCUCCUGGAGAGAUACCUUCCUCCUGGAGAGAUACCUUCCUCCUGGAGAGAUACCCUCCACCUGGAGAGAUUCCCUCCUCCUGGAGAGAUACCCUCCACCUGGAGAGAUUCCUUCCUCCUGGAGAGAUUCCGUCCUCCUGGAGAGAUACCUUUCUCCUGGAGAGAUUCCGUCCUCCUGGAGAGAUUCCCUCCUCCUGGAGAGAUACUCUUCUCCUGGAGAGAUACCUUCCUCCUGGAGAGAUACUCUUCUCCUGGAGAGAUACUCUUCUCCUGGAGAGAUACCUUCCUCCUGGAGAGAUACUCUUCUCCUGGAGAGAUACCUUCCUCCUGGAGAGAUACCCUCCCCCUGGAGAGAUACCCUCCCGCAUGAUUUUAUUUCAACCCUGCACCUACACACCAGACUCUACUAACCAGCUGGUCCCCAAGACCUUGAUUAUCUUGAAUCAGGUGUGUUAGAGCAGGGCUGGAACAAAAGCCUGCAGGAGGCUAUCUCUGAUCUAACUGUGCCCUAACAAAAGUGCAUCCCAAAUGGCACCCUAUACCGUAUAUAGUGCACUAAUUUUGACCAGUGCCCAUGGUCAAAAGUAGGGAAUAGGGUGCCACUUGGGACGCACCCUAACUGGGUCCUAACAGAGAUGCGAUCUAACAGAGAUGCCCUAACAGAGAUACCCUAACAGAGAUACCCUAACAGAGAUGCUAUCUAACAGAGAUGCGAUCUAACAGAGAUGCCCUAACAGAGAUACCCUAACAGAGAUGCUAUCUAACAGAGAUGCUAUCUAACAGAGAUACCCUAACAGAGAUACCCUAACAGAGAUGCUAUCUAACAGAGAUGCGAUCUAACAGAGAUGCCCUAACAGAGAUACCCUAACAGAGAUACCAUAACAGAGAUGCUAUCUAACAGAGAUGUUAUCUAACAGAGAUACCCUAACAGAGAUACCCUAACAGAGAUGCUAUCUAACAGAGAUGCUAUCUAACAGAGAUACCCUAACAGAGAUACCAUAACAGAGAUGCUAUCUAACAGAGAUGCUAUCUAACAGAGAUACCCUAACAGAGAUACCAUAACAGAGAUGCUAUCUAACAGAGAUGUUAUCUAACAGAGAUACCCUAACAGAGAUACCAUAACAGAGAUGCUAUCUAACAGAGAUGCUAUCUAACAGAGAUGCCCUAACAGAGAUACCCUAACAGAGAUACCCUAACAGAGAUGCCCUAACAGAGAUACCCUAACAGAGAUGCUAUCUAACAGAGAUGCCCUGACAGAGAUGCUAUCUAACAGAGAUACCCUAACAGAGAUAGCCUAACAGAGAUACCCUAACAUAGAUGCUAUCUAACAGAGAUACCCUAACAGAGAUACCCUAACAGAGAUACCCUAACAGAGAUACCCUAACAGAGAUGCUAUCUAACAGAGAUGCUAUCUAACAGAGAUGCUAUCUAACAGAGAUACCCUAACAGAGAUACCCUAACAGAGAUACCCUAACAGAGAUGCUAUCUAACAGAGAUGCUAUCUAACAGAGAUGCUAUCUAACAGAGAUACCCUAACAGAGAUACCCUAACAGAGAUGUUAUCUAACAGAGAUGCCCUAACAGAGAUGCUAUCUAACAUAGAUGCUAUCUAACAGAGAUGCCCUGACAGAGAUGCUAUCUAACAGAGAUAGCCUAACAGAGAUACCCUAACAGAGAUGUUAUCUAACAGAGAUGCCCUAACAGAGAUGCUAUCUAACAUAGAUGCUAUCUAACAGAGAUGCCCUGACAGAGAUGCUAUCUAACAGAGAUAGCCUAACAGUUUCUUCCAGCGUCCCACUAGUGAUUACUGGAUCUAUUCAUGUAGCAACGAUGAAUCAGGCAUGUAUUCUCUUUCCCACUCCAGUGUAGGACUUCUCGUCUCUCUGGGCCGUCCCAAAUGGCAAACCAAUUCCCUAUAGGUCUCUGGCCAAAAGUAGUGCACUAUAUAAGGAAUAGGGUGCCAUUUGGGAUGCUCAGUGCCUGCGAGUGGGGAUUCCCAGUGUUAGAGAAACCAGACGGACAGAAACAUGAAGGGCAGGAGCCUGGGAGCCAAACUGAAUAUCACUCUAAAUAUCACUCUGAAUAUCCUUCUAAAUAUACACCAGUCAAGCACAACAACCUCCGCUCACAUAUGCAGUGUGUAUUCCAGGAUAGGUCAGGCUGUCUAUGUGAGCGGGGGUUGUUGUGCUUGACUGGUGCAUUUACCCCCUAACAAACCCAAGCAUUAUUAUUGUAGUACCAGAGCAUCUGUUGAAUAUCAGGGACAUUUCACUCUUUUUGUCUGACGAAUACUAAGACUAUCUAAAACCAAAAUUUUCGCCUAAAAUAACAUACCCAAAUCUAACUGCCUGUAGCUCAGGACCUGAAGCAAGAAGAUGCAUAUUCUUGAUACCAUUUGAAAGGAAACACUUUGAAGUUUGUGGAAAUGUCAAAUUAAUGUAGGAGAAUAUAACACAUUGGAUGUAAAAGAUAAUUAAAAGAAAAAAACAUCUUUUUUUUUUUCAUCAUAUUUGAAAUGCAAGGCCAUAAUGUAUUAUUCCAGGUUUGGUAUGAUUUCGAUUUUGGCCACUAGAUGGCAGCAGUGUAUGUGCAAAGUUUUAGAUUGAACCAAUGAACCAUUGCAUUUCUGUUCAAAAUGUUGUAUCGAGUCUGCCCAAAUGUGCCUAAUUGGUUUAUUGAUACAUUUUCAAGUUCAUAACUGUCCACUCUCCUCAAAGAAUAGCAGGGUAUUCUUUCACUGUAAUAGCUACUGUAAAUUAGACAGUGAAGUAAGAUUAACAAGAAUUUAAUCUUUCUGCCCAUAUCAGAUAUGUCUAUGUGCUGGGAAAUGUUCUUGUUACUUACAACCUCAUGCUAAUCACAUUAGCCGAAGUUAGCUCAACCGAUCCCGUAGAGGUUAAAUUAAAUGUAGAUUAAAUCAGUUCAUUUAGAUUUUAAUACAUUUUCCUAUUGAUCUCCUCAGUGUAUUAAUGAAAGACGUAGGGGGUUGGACAGAAGGACAGAAUGGUGGGAGAUGAUUAUAUAGUUAGUCAGUAUUUGGUUUAUUUACAUUACUUUUUAAUUUUCAAGUUCAACUUCCACAUUUUAGAGAAGCUAACUGACAUAAAAUAGUGAGGAAACAGACAGAGCAGUCACAUUACGUGUGACUAGCAGCUAGCUACAUGUGCAUACUGUGUAAACAACAGAUCAUAUAUUAUAUUACAAUAUUAGUAUUUUCCGUUGGAGACCACCAACAGUGUUGCUUCAGUUCUAGUUUGAAUCUCAAAUGACACCAUGUUCCCUAUAUAGUGCACUACUUUGGACCAGAGCUCCAAGGAUCCUGUUCAAAAGUAGGGCACUAUAAAGGAAAGAGGGUGCCAUUUGAGACCAAGUUCUAGCCUCAGUACCAGAGACCCAGUUCAAUCCUCAGUACCAGAGACCCAGUUCUAUCCUCAGUACCAGAGACCAAGUUCUAUCCUCAGUACCAGAGACCCAGUUCUAUCCUCAGUACCAGAGACCAAGUUCUAUCCUCAGUACCAGAGACCCAGUUCUAUCCUCAGUACCAGAGACCCAGUUCUAUCCUCAGUACCAGAGACCCAGUUCUAUCCUCAGUACCAGAGACCCAGUUCUCUCCUCAGUACCAGGUAGAUGCAUGAUGUUUUAUGGCAUCCAGAGUUCUGCAUGACACAUGAGAUUAACUUUUUGAAGAUUUGGUUUUCUCUUUUAACAACCAACAUGCUUGCCAUUAUUUUACAACCUUCCACUGUUUCAUUCCAUGUAAUGAUAUGAUGAUUUCUCUAGGCCAUCAUUUUCUGUUUCCCUCUCUCAAGGGAUUAUAUGUAUUCGUGGCAGACAACAAUAGAGAAUAUGAAUCCACUGACAUGCCAUAAUAAUAUUAUUAUAACACUUGAUUAUGGUUUGCUGUCAAUCAAUAAUUAAUUGAUUGGUGGUUAAGACAUUAACAUAACACUGGACUCUAGUUUAUACUUUGAUAAAUCAUGUGUUCAUUUGAUCAGUUAGUUCUCUGCCACACACUGACUAUUGAUAGAAUAUCCUACCACUCCUACAGAACAGAUUGAAGGUAAAUGGGUCAUUUUCUAUGGCAACGGCACACCACGUAGGAGAUUUAUCUACUGUUCAUGGUGUUAGCAUGUAUUUAUGCUGAACCAAUAAGAAACCUGGUAGAAGGAGCUAUAUGUAACCAUCGUCCUGAAUACAUUCAUGUACUCUAUCUAUUCAUGUCAGCAGCUCUACUCAACACAAUUAUGGAUUCUUUAAGGUGCAUUUUGGGGACACAGUAUUUAUUUUCCUUCCAAUAUUAUCACAAAUAUUUAUGAAAUGUAAUAUGGUGUAUUAUGUUGAUAUAUUAAUGUUGUUGUUUUAGUCAUUGACAGUAUAAGCCCUUGAUUCUGUCGUUGGCGGGUGAGUCUAUAUUUAGGGCUGGAAGGAAGAAGAAAUCUGUAGCAGCCAUUAUACUUAUGAUGCACUGGUUUCGUUCCAAAUGGCAUCCUAUUCCCUAUAUAGUCCCCAUGGGCCCUCGUCAAAUGUAGUGCACUAGAGAGCGAAUAGGGUGCCAUUUGGGACGUACACACAGUCAUCAUUACAAAUCCUUGUUGCUUUUCUCUAGUUGGUUAUACAGUAGUAUGUGGUAUCAGAACAGUAAGGGUACUAAUGGAUGGACACUGAAACAGAUAACAAGACAAGUAACAAGUUUAGUUGGAGCUACUAGGCUAUUCACUGUACAUUCACAUUGCCAUCUAGAAUGAGGAGGGGGGUGGGGGGUUUGGACUCUGGUAUGACUUCUAUUUUAUCUGUCAGUCUGAAAUGUCAUCACCAUGUUUGUACAGUACAAAUAGCAGGAACAUAUAUUUUCUCUCUGGCCUUAGAUUAGGUUUGUUUUGAUUUGUUGUAGAAAUGGAAAAAAACAACCCUGAAACUAAGUAAUGCCUAUUCAAAUCCUGAAACUGUGAAUGGGGAGCGUCGAGAAGUCUAUGUGUUUUGAUGUAAUCAAAGAGCACUGGGAAUUAUUACGUUGUAUUUCUCUGUAAAAACUGAACCACAUUGAUAUAACUGUACUUCUGUUGAAAUUAAAACCUCUAUAUACUGAA